CUUGAAGCCAGGACGCCAGCAGUAGGAUGGGGGCAGGACGCUGCCCAGGCUUGCCUGGUGUGCACGGGCGUGGUGUGAUUUUGGGAGGAUGUCGUGGUUAAAGUCCUUGUAACAUCAGUUUUCUGAGCAUCUUACCCCUUUUUAAGUCUAUAUCCUUACUCUACAUGCAAAUCCAAAGUGAUCUGGGGGUUGUGUUUUUUGGGGUUUUGGUUUUUUUUUUCCCCCAAUGUUCAGCAGCUGCCCCUGGAGCUAGCAGAGUUGGGAGUAGGGUGCCUCGGGAAGGGGAUGGUCAGGGGUCCAAGCUCCAGGCUCCCGUGUGCAUGGUGACUUGUCACUCCUCUUGCGUUGGUAUCUCACAGCUUUGUGGCCUCCAUCAAAGGCUGUACCCGAUUUCCUAAGUCAGGUGUGGUCAUUCCAUCCUGUCUCACUUCAUACCGGCUGCAUUAUGGUUUCUGGACCCAUUGCUGAUUUUUGACUGCCAUUUAAUGUCUGUGGCAUAGCCCAAAAGCUAUGACACUAUUUGCUCCUCCAUGAAAGCAAAUCAUUCUGCGUAGGAAGGAUGAAUGUUGUCAAAUACAGUUCUUGGCAAUGGUGAUGUAUUUUGUGGGUAGGUGUAUGUAUAUGUCAUAUAUAACCACUUAAGACACAGUGCUAGGUAAAUACAGCAUUUUCUUUUAGGGAGCUACAGUCUCUGAGCUUUCUAUAUGGUGUAUAUAAGAGUAGCCCCUGUACUAGAACUACAUAUUGAACCACAUCUAAAGCCAUGCCUGCUUUUAUGUUUUAGUUAGUAGGUUUGAUUAACUCAUUAUUUAAACUUACAAUACCUUAGGGUAGUUAUGCAUGGGAGGGUAGAUUUUUUUAACAAAUCCUUUGUAAAUGUUUUGCUGUAUAGGCUAGUAUAGAAGUACAUUUAAAUAGGGACAAGACUUGGAUGGAGAGUUUCUGUGAAAUAUUUGCUUGGAAUUGCACAGAAUGCAGUUGAAGGGGUUUUUUUUUUUACCUUCCAGAACUAAAGCCCCAGCUCAACAAAUCUGUUUCAACUUUUCUCCUUCUGGUGAAUUGUUAUGUUUGAUAUUUGCAAAUUGCAGUAAGUCGUCCAUUAUCCAUGGAAAUGACCAACCUUUGUUCUGCAUACAGAAUUUUGAUUUCUCGUGAAAUUUCAUAAGCAUUUCUACUCUCUUGAGCCAAAUGCAUUUGUGAAAAAUAAUAAUAAUUGUAUGUUUUUGAGGUUUGAAAGGAAGAAAUACAGUCUGGCUUACUCAAAUUGUAUUGAUCCUGUUGAACUCUUUAUAAGCAGGGGAAAAAAAGACAACAACAAAAAAAGACUUUACCCUAUCUGACUUUAGUCUUGUUACAGCUCUAAAUUUUCAUUAAUUCAUCUCAUAUAAGGGAACUUUAUAUAGUAAGAGGCUCUUCAUUAUAGAAGUUCUGCCUGACAUUAAGGGGCAAAAUACUCUGGUGUUUUAGUCAGCCAGCUCGAUUUCGCAGAUAAAAGAUUUUUUAUUCCCUUUCCACUGAGACUUUCUUUAGUAUAGUCACAUUUUUAAUUUGACUGCACAGAUAUUUAGGAGCAGAAAUCACCUUCCUUCAUUUACCUCUCUCUAGAAGUAUUCUUCUGUUUCAUGGCACUUUAUAGAGUAGGCCUACUGCCACUCUGAAGUUAUAUGUGAUUUUUCGAUUCAUUCCCUUAAGGAAGCAUGCAAAACCAUGCACAUGCAGCUGUGCCAUAAUCAUAUCAGAUAGCUAGCUCAUUCUGUGGUGGGAAUAUUUAGACUAAUGAGUGAGACUACUGGUAGCUUUCCAACAAUAAUUGUUAUGCUAGCGAAGUGUCUGAUUUUCUUAAACAUCUGUACUGUUACCAGUUUAUUAAUUACCAUUUUCUUUCCAAGUAAUGUCAUGCUGAGAUGGUAUUCUUAUAGACAUAUAAAACUGUCAACAUCAAUAUUUUUAAUGUAGUAGCAGCGGUGUAGUGGUGUUUGGUGCUCUGGCACCUCUGCAUAGAAAGAAGGCUACAUUUAUCUAAAAUGUGUUUGUGAGAGACACUGUCUGAGAAGAAACAGUUAUAUGUCAUUGAUAUGUAAAGAAGUGCUGCAAGGGCCUGCCUAAUCCCACUGCUUCCUACAUAGCAGCCCUUGCGUGUGGGUGAGUAUGUCCUUUUUGUUGUAUCUUGGGGCUGGGAUUCCAAAGUAUACAGCACUGACUCAGCCCUGCAAAACUUUGACUUGCCUGAGAAACUUUGGGUAAUGCUGUGCACUUCUUAAGAAUUCUACCCUUGCGUUUAUAAAAUGAAGUGAUACGGACAAAAUAAGUUGUUUAAAUCAGCCCCCAGUGACUUGAUAUUGGUUAGAAACACUCCCUCUGUAAGUAUUUCUUUCUCCUUGUACUGUAAUUUAACAGACUGUCUGCGACAGAAAUGAAUGGAAAAGGAUGCAGUGAUGAGGCAUUUUUACAGAAAUUGUUCUGUAUCCAUUUACCUCAUUGUCUUGUAGUGCACAGGUGCUUCUAGUUUGAUCUUUAUAGAUACUGAAUGCUUGCAAGUGUUCAGUGCUUCUGAAGAUCAGCCCACCUAAACAAAAGAAGAAAGCAUAGCCAUUUUUGUUUCUUUUCGUCCUUUUUUUUUUUCCUUAGGCACUCUUGUGGGGAAAAUAUCUGUGUAUCUGUGUAUUUUUUAGUAAGGUUAGCAACUAGUAUACUGAGUUUUUAUGCAAGACAUAAAAAGAACAACUAUAGUUGUUGUUUUGGUUUGUAAGUCCUGGGGAGUUUAUAAUGCCACCUUUCAUUACAUUCCAAGGAUUCUUGUUUCUUUUGUACUUCCAUCUUUCUAAUGUUUACUGUGAGCCUUUUGGCAUAUUAAUGUGUUAAUUUGUGACUGCAGUAUACUGCUAGUCUUUAUGCAGUGUUUAUGUGUUUUAUAUGCAGCAGUGCUACAGGACACUAUAUACAACAAAGAAAAUCUUCAAAAAUUAGGGUUUUAAGAAUUUUAAUAUUGUGUGAAAUGCACUCAACGGAAGCUUAUUGAAACAAAGCACGUUAUUCAAAAUCAACUUCCAGAGUUGAACAGAAAUAAAUUUUUGAGCUGUGUUUUUAGCUGAUGUAGCCCAGGUAUUUUAUCUUUUCCUGGAAUUUUAAAUGGUUAAGAGGAGCUCAAAAGACUGAAAUAUGUAAUGUAGUAAUUUUCUCUCAAAUUUGGCAUGUAUUUUGGAAAAUACCACAUGUUCAGAGAAAGGUUAUAUAUGUCCAAAUAUGGAAGUGAUAAACAAGAACAAAUUAAAAAAAAACUUGGAAGAAAUAAGAAGUGCACUGUAAGUUAAAACAGCCCACAGGCAACUUUGGUUUGCUGAACCAGCACUUGUAUAGCCAGUGGCCCUGUGUGUCAGGGACUUUGGCCUUAUAGAGGCUAUAGUUUCAGAUGUCUCAGUAGUUCUUGUGGCGUUUCAGACCUGCAUUACCACACCUGAAAUAUUAGUGCUUAUGAACAUUAUAGGAGAGCUUUCACUCUCUUUAUAUGUACAAAUGGCCCAUGUUUGCCCCCCUCUCCCUCUUCACGGAACUGUCAGGCAGCAGUGAGUGAAACAAUAUUGAGGUGUGCUUUUCUUUUAUGAAAGACUUCAAUUUCAAACAUACUUGCUGCUGGGUGCUCGCUGAUGGCUCAUACCUUAUUUUAAAAGAAAAAAGUAUUGACUGUGAUAUCCAUCACACAAUUUUUCCUGUGGUCAAAGCUUUUAAGGAACAUGUUGGUUCAAUGAAUUAAUAUUUCUAUCUGUGUUUCCAACUGCUACUCUAGAAAGAUACAAAAAUAGCUAGACAGUGGUAAGUUCAAAUUUUUCUCCUUUCUCUGUAUUGGGAAAGGCUACAUCUUGUAGAAUGGCACAGAACAUAAAUAUUGUACAUAUACUGAUUUGUCAUGGGGGAAAAAUAGUACCAGAACCGUUAUCUGAAUCUCUUAAAAUGUCUCUGUAGUACUCAGUUUAGUAGGCUACUUAGUCCAGUAUAAGUAUCACUGAAUUAAUAUUGUCUUCAUCUUUCUGUGAGCUCUGCCGUUCCUAAAUCUUUAGGUUUUAAUUUGACUAAAUUAGUUAAAAAUUCUGAACUAAUUCUUGUGUCUUCAUUGUUCACCAAUUCUUAAGUUAUCUACAGAAAUUCCUUGUUUCAGCCUUUUUUGUAAUCCACAUCAAGGCAAACCUCCCCCACCUGGGAAGGUAAGAGUGGGUGUCUGUUCAAAAGCAUAUGUGAAAUACAAUUAUCAGAGUUAAUGGCUGAGAAAUGAGAACUUCUAAAUUCCACUAACAUGUGGCUGCCCAAAGCUAUGCACCUUUUUUGGAUAACGUCACUAAGUAAGAUCCUCUGCACUUCAGAGGCCCUGCUUGUGGAAACAAGAGAAUAUUUAUACUUUGAAUUAACUUUUUCUUUUCUUUUUAGCAAAGCAUAGGCCCUGGACUGCAGCUGCAUGAUGAUACACUCCCUGGAUGCACAGAAGUAGCUCAAAAGGAAUUAUUAGAGAAAACAAUGGGCUAGACGAGCACAUUGGCAAAUGGUACUGUCCCAACAGAAGGCAAAACUACCAGAUAUACGGGGUUUUUUUCUUACCCAUCCAAGGAAGGAAAGUUUUCUCAGAAAGGACUGCUAGACCAGAAGAUGCUAGAGCAACUGGCAAGGAAUUUGUUCAGGACCAAGUAAAAGCAACACCCAAGAAACAAUGGUGAUUUGGUAUGUUAGAAGCAUAACCUUCCCCAGGACUGAUCUGUUCCUGAUUUCACUGAUAUUAAAGGCUGUCUUCUGUUCAGUUUUUGUAGCAGAGGAGUUAGGCUCACAGGAACUCAGCAGAUGCCGUGGUGAUAUGCUAGUUAAGCUGUUGCAGGGUGACUCAAGCUAUGCUUACUUUGGCUGAAAGAGGAUCUAGUCUAAUAAGUGGGGUUACAUUUUUGUUGUUGGUAACAUGGCUGUGACUUAACGCAGCAGCCUGUGAGGGAUUUAUACUGUGCUCUUCUCAAGGGGCAAAACGUUCCCACAAUGUAUAGGGUUUGCGUGGCCAGGUUCAGGUAGCAGGGGGGACCUACAGGGGUGGCUUCUGUAAGAAGAUACUAGAAGGUUCCCCCAUGUCUCAUAAAGCCAAUGCCAGCCAGCUCCAAGAUGGACCCACCGCUGGCCAAGGCUGAGCCCAUCAGCAACAGUUGUAGCACCGCUGGAAUAACAUGUUUAAGAAAGGGGAAAAAGCCCUGUGCAAUUGCAGCCAAAGAGGUGUGAGAAUAUGUGAGAGGAACAGCUCUGCAGGCACCAAGGUCAGUGAAGGAGGGGGAGGAGGUGCUCCAGGCACCAGAGCAGAUAUUCCCCUGCAGCCCCAGCUGAAGACCACAGUGAGGCAGGCUGUCCCCCUGCAGCCCAUGGAGGUUAAUGGUGGAGCAGAUACCUGCCUGCAGCCUGUGGAGGACUCCACGCUGGAGCAGGUGGGUGCCCGAAGGAGGCUGUGACCCUGUGGGAUGCCUGUGCUGGAGCAGGCUCUUGGCAGACCUGUGGACCCGUGGAGAUGGGAGCCCACACUGGAGCAGGUUUGCUGGCAGGACUCGUGAGCCCAUGGGGGCCCCACGCUGGGGCAGCCUGUUCCUGAAGGACUGCACCCCGUGGGAAGGACCCAUGCCGGAGAAGUUAAUGCAGGACUCCCUCCCAUGGGAGGGACCCCACGCUGGAGCAGGGGAAGAGUGGAGGAGUCCUCCCACUGAGGAGGAAGGAGCGGCAGAGACAAUGUGUGAUGAACUGACCACAACCCCUGUUCCCCGUCCCCCUGCGCCGCUCAGAGGGAAGGAGGUAGAGAAAUUGGGAGUAAAGUUAAGCUUGGGAAGAAGGGAGGGGUGGGGGAAGGUGUUCUAAGAUUUAGGUUUUAUUUUCUCAUUACCUGACUCUGAAUUGAUUGUUAAUAAGUCAAACUAAUUUCCCCAAUUCGAGUCUGUUUUGCCUGUGACAGUAAUUGGUGAACAAUCUCUCCCUGCCCUUAUCUUGACCCAUGAGCCUUUUGUUAUAUUUUCUCUCCCCUGUCCAGUUGAGGAGGGGGAGUGAUAGAGUGGCUUUGGUGGGUGCCUGGCAUCCAGCCAGGGUCAACCCACCAUAAGUUCUCCCACAUGAGCUCUAGGAAGGCUGAGUCCAUGAAUCUCUUCUGGGAGACUUAUAGCCCUAUAUGUCAGCUCUUCUUGACCUCUCAAAAAAAAAAAAGCACCAGGGAAAAAUGCUCUGCUCACUUCCCCUCCUCACUGUUUAUCCCUCAGUGGCUCUAUGUACCUAACCCGUGUCUUUGUGCAUGGGUAAAGAGAAGAAAACAAUAGUGGGAGCUCUGCUCCCCCUUGUACAGGCAAGCAACGCUAUAGGCUCUGUGGUCAAGGGGCACAGAGAUGACCUCCUCUUUUUCUCUGUAUAAACACGGCAUCCCAAUGUGGGAGGUGCAGAAGCUUUUCUCAUGCUGCUCUCUGCUCGGUAACCACAUAGAGCGAGACCGCUGCAUGUGCAACGGGAUAAUCUUCUGCCACACGAGGUGCUCAGCAGUUAGCUUUACCCUUGGGUUUACUAUGAGCUGUGAUUAGCUCAACUAAGAAGUAGCGGGGGAAAAGGAGAGUUCCUACACCAGCUACUGUGAAGAAGGUUAUGUCUUUGUUGUUGAUGGGGUUUUUGCCACUAUACUGUAUAUAUACAUAUAUCUACAUGGGCACAGCCCUCCAGGAGAACUUCUGAUUUUGGUCCUUUUCCAUUCAGUAGGAGGUAAAAAACUCACCUAGGAUUCCAGUCUGGACUUCACUGAAUUUGAUUGUACAGGCUUGGUUAAACAAAGAAAUAAGCACAUAAAAAUUAGCACGAUUUCCAUAAUUUACUGCUGCCUCAAAAUUAGCUUUCAAAGUGUACAUAAAACUAAUUAUGGUAUAGCCCAAUAUUUAAGACUUCUGGUUUUUUAGAAGACACUAGCUUCCAUCACCUUGUUACUUUAUACACUUAAUUUUGCACAGGAUUGAAAUAACAGAAUCAAUUACACCUAAAUAAGGUAUGUAAAAUAAAUAAAUACAAAAUCAAUUCCCUUCUCUACAAGCAACAUAGAACAAGCAGUAGUGCAUAAGAUGUGAACAGCUUUCUAAUUAAUGUGAAUGUCUACUUUUAGAACAUUUUAAGGCGGUAUAGCCUGCAAAAAUUACUCUUACUUUAAAAACAGCCUCUGUUUUGUGAUGAGUUAUGGUCUGCUCUCGGAAGGCAAAAAGUUAAACAUUCUCUUAAUUGUGCCCAAGGUUAGCACACUAAUUUAAAAAAUCUACUUCUCCUCUGGAGCAUCUAUUUUUCUUCUCUGAUUUUGAGUCUUCCAUGAAGAACACAGACUGCUCUGUAUGUGUCCUCUUUAAAAUCUCUUGUGUUACAGAUGAAUCAGUUAGUGAAGAAUUCAUGACUCAUUCCUAUAAAAAAAUUUCUUGAACUUCCCCACCUAUGUGGCCUGAGGAUCAUACCCCUACUGACUUAUCUCCUAGCAAACUUUCUCAUUUCUUCAGCAACAAGUUCUUAGCUUUCUUUUUGAAAUUGCAUCCAUGAGGUCUUUGUUAUUGACUUAUUGCUGAAAUGGAAGGCAUGAUCGAACUCAAAGAUUUCUAGCAUUACAGUCUCUGACUACAAGGACAGCUGAAAGUCACUGCUUGCUGUUUCCAGAAUGGGAGUGAAGGCUGCAAAGGGCCACUGAAUUUGAACAGUCAGUUGGAAAAGGUGAAAGCUGAACUUGCCAUCUUCUCUUCUUCAUGGCACAAAACAUUACCUCAUUUGGCAAGGUUAGAUCAGCCGUUUUUCUUGGGAGUCCUCGGUUGUGCUGCUUUGUCAGAAUUGACCGCGUGUGUUUAGAUAUUUGCCUCCAGAUCUGUUGAGUAUGGCCCUGCCGAAGGGCAGUGCCCCAUGAGAAAAACACACCUCGAGCAGAAUCUCAGCUGUGACAGACUACUGAGAGCAGUACUGCAGAAACUAUGUAAGCUGGUUUUGCGCUCCUGGAGUAAACAUGAUGAAAACGGAGUCUUCAGGAGAAAGAUCAACCCUCCGAAGUGCCUCUCCUCACAGGAAUGCUUACAGAACUGAGUUCCAGGCGCUGAAAAGCACCUUUGACAAACCGAAAUCAGAUGGAGACCAAAAAACAAAAGAGGAAGGAGAGGCCUCGCAGAGCAGGGGAAGGAAAUAUGGCUCAAAUGUCAAUAGGAUUAAGAACUUAUUUAUGCAGAUGGGCAUGGAACCCAGUGAAAGUGCUGGAGUUGCCCCUAAAACCAGGGGGAAGGGUGGCCCUCCAUCACCUCAAAGACGAAUCAGGCCCAAAGAAUUUGUAGAAAAAGCAGAUGGUUCAAUUGUAAAAUUGGAAUCAUCUGUCUCAGAAAGGAUUAGUAGAUUUGAUACUGUCCAUGAUGGUCCUUCCUAUUCCAAGUUUACCGAAACUCGGAAGAUGUUUGAGCGAAAUGCUCACGAAACAGGACAUUCCAAUCGCUAUUCCCCAAAGAAAGAGAAGGUGGUUUCCAGUGAGCUUCCGGAUGACUGGUGCAGCUCUAAGUCUCACAGAGGCAGCACUGAUUCACUGGACAGUCUUAGCCCAAGGACAGAGACUGUCUCUCCAACCGUGAGUCAGCUCAGCGCAGUUUUUGAGAACACUGACUCACACAACGUAAUCGUUGUAGAAAAGUCGGAGAACAAUGAAGAGUACUCUGUAACUGGUCACUAUCCGCUAAACCUCUCGUCUACUGUUGCAAAUAUCUCCUCCCCAGUUGCAAACCUUGAGGGUUUCAGUCCUCUAAAAGACACCAGCACGUGGUCUCCGCCAGCCAAACAGAGUACGAGCUUGAUGUCCGCUGAGAGCUCUCAGCAGAAUAGCGCGCCUUCAGCACUGAGGCAGAAGACGUCCACAGGCACUUCAGCAAGUUCAAAAACGACUGAAGAAAUAAAGAAGAGUACAGAGGCAAGUGCCGAUUCUGUUGAGAGCUCUGCAGUGAGUCAACAGGAUUCGGUCAAUGUGCUUGACAGCGAAAGAUCAGCAGAUAGCUGUGCUAGGAGUAAGUCAAAAACAGAGACAGAAGUUUUGUUGCAACAAAAAGAACGGUCAGAGCAUUCAGAGGGUAUCUUUAAUAGAGCCGAAGCUGCGGAGGUACGAAGAAAUGUAGCUUCAGGUGGUGAUUUUGCCACAGAUGCUGUUUCAGAUGCUACAGAGUCCCAUUAUGAUGAGGCAAGUGAAAAAGAAGGGCAUGAAGAUGUGAAUAAUUUUCAGAGCUCCCACGUGUACAUGCACUCUGACUACAAUGUGUAUCGGGUGCGAUCGAGAUAUAAUUCUGACUGGGGAGAGACAGGUACAGAACAGGAGGAUCAAGAUGACAGUGAUGAAAAUAACUGUUAUGAACCUGAUAUGGAAUAUUCUGAAAUUAAUGGAUUGCCAGAUGAAGAUGAAAUCCCAGCCAACAGAAAAAUACAGUUUAGCCGUGCUCCAAUUAAGGUUUUCAAUACAUAUUCCAAUGAAGACUAUGACAGGAGAAAUGAUGAAGUUGACCCAGUGGCUGCAUCAGCUGAAUAUGAACUUGAAAAGCGUGUCGAAAAGCUGGAGCUCUUCCCAGUUGAACUAGAAAAAGAUGAAGAUGGACUUGGCAUAAGCAUUAUUGGAAUGGGAGUUGGAGCAGAUGCAGGCCUUGAAAAACUGGGAAUAUUUGUCAAAACAGUAACAGAAGGUGGGGCAGCAGAAAGAGAUGGCAGGAUCCAAGUGAAUGACCAAAUUGUGGAAGUUGAUGGCAUCAGUCUGGUUGGUGUUACACAAAAUUUUGCUGCAACUGUUCUUAGAAACACCAAAGGGAAGGUCAGGUUUGUAAUUGGACGAGAAAAACCGGGACAAGUGAGUGAGGUUGCGCAGCUGAUUAGCCAAACUCUAGAACAAGAACGCCGCCAGAGAGAGCUGCUGGAGCAGCAUUAUGCACAGUAUGAUGCAGAUGAUGAUGAGACAGGGGAAUAUGCUACAGAUGAAGAAGAUGAAGACGUGGGACCUGUCCUUCCGGGAGGUGACAUGGCUAUUGAAGUGUUCGAUCUCCCUGAAAAUGAUGACAUGUUCUCCCCCAGUGAUGUGGACACCAGCAAGCUUGCUCACAAAUUCAAAGAGUUGCAAAUCAAACAUGCGGUUACCGAAGCUGAAAUUCAGAAGCUGAAGACGAAGCUGCAGGCUGCUGAGAACGAGAAGGUGAGGUGGGAAUUGGAGAAGACCCAACUCCAGCAGAACAUUGAGGAGAAUAAAGAAAGGAUGAUGAAAUUAGAGAGUUAUUGGAUUGAGGCACAAACCCUGUGUCACACGGUGAAUGAGCACCUCAAGGAGACGCAAAGCCAGUAUCAGGCUCUGGAGAAGAAAUAUAACAAGGCAAAGAAAUUAAUCAAGGAUUUUCAGCAAAAAGAACUGGACUUCAUCAAACGCCAGGAAGCCGAACGAAAGAAAAUAGAAGAUUUGGAGAAAGCUCACAUUGCAGAGGUUCAAGGCUUACAAGCUCGUAUACGAGACUUGGAAGCAGAAGUUUUCAGGCUAAUGAAGCAAAAUGGGAGCCAGGUUAACAACAACAACAACAUUUUUGAAAGGCAGACAUCUUUUGGAGAAGUUUCUAGAGGAGAUCCAGUCGAAAAUCUAGAUACUAAGCAAGUGUCCUGCUUGGAUGGCUUAAGUCAAGAUUUCAGUGAAGCAGUGCCAGAAACAGAGAGACUGGACUCCAAAGCUCUGAAGACUCGAGCUCAGCUUUCAGUGAAGAACAAGCGGCAGAGGCCUUCUAGAACAAGGCUGUAUGAUAGCAUCAGUUCAACUGAUGGAGAGGACAGCCUUGAACGAAAGCCGUCAAACAGUUACAGUAGUCCCAUGCACAUUUCAAAAUCACCACUGCCCUUAGGCAUGAGAACAUCCUCACCAGCAUCAGAUUCUGGUGCUUCCUCCCUCUCCCCCGUGGCUAGCAGUGCAGCAAUCUCACUUGACAACCUAACUGAAAACCAAGAAGAAGGACAGCACCACAAAGGAGGUGUCCUUUCCCUGCAUGCUCGGGGAGACACUCCACUUUCCUCUCCUUCAAAAUCUGGGCAGAGCUCUGAAGCAUCUCCUUUGCAUCACCCAGCUGGCAGGAAUAUUUUACAGAAUAAAGAUGGUGCCACAUGUGCUCAGGCAGCAAGAACAACUAGCCCUACUAUAGGGCAUACAGAAAAACUAAAGCGAAAACUUGCAGAUCUUGGGGCUCCCUUGAGAAGGAGUUCGAACAAGGGCAAGAAGCGGAAAGAGAAAGAAGCUAUUAGGGUGACCUGUGGCAGUAGGGCUGCCAGAGAGAUGCUGCAGAAAUCAGCAAACACUAAAUCUUUAGCGGAGCGAUCCUCCUCUCUCCCACACUGUGUACCAUUCACAUGGUAUGGAGAGAGUGGCAAGGGAUCCAAUUCUUCUAGCAACCUGCCAUCACCUACCAGCUCAACUGAACCUUCCUCUGAAAAUAUAAGUCCGGCUAAAAAAGGGUCAAAGAAUUUCACGUUCAAUGAUGAUUUCAGUCCCAGCAGCACAAGUUCAGCUGAUUUGAGCGGCUUAGGAGCAGAACCUAAAACCCCAGGUUUCUCGCACUCCUUAGCAUUGUCAUCAGAUGAGAGCCUGGAUAUGAUUGAUGAUGAGAUCCUUGACGAUGGACAGUCUCCUAAGCACAGUCAGUGUCAGAGUCGUGCUGUUCAGGAGUGGAGUGUGCAGCAGGUUUCCCACUGGUUAAUGAGCCUGAACCUGGAACAGUAUGUUUCCGAAUUCAGUGCCCAAAACAUUAACGGAGAGCACCUCCUUCAGCUGGAUGGGAGUAAGCUCAAGGCUCUUGGUAUGACAUCUUCCCAGGACAGAGCGAUCAUUAAAAAAAAGCUAAAGGAAAUGAAAGCAUCUUUGGAGAAAGCUCGCAAAGCUCAAGAGAAAAUGGAAAAGCAAAGGGAAAAGCUUCGGAAGAAGGAACAAGAGCAGCUGCAGAGGAAAUCAAAGAAAACAGACAAGUCUUCAUCAGAUGCAACAGAGGGCACUAAUGAGCAGUGACAAGCAGAAGUGCUGCUGUGUUAGGAAAGUGGAGGCACUUCAAGGGAAGAGAAACUCAUAUCUACUCUGGUGCCCCUUCAGCUUUCUUGUAUUCAUUACACAGGAAUGUGUACACAGAGAAAUGGGGCUAUACAUAGAAUGACUAGGGAAAUUUAUAUUGUGUAGUUUUAUUUUCCCGCAUAUCCAGUUCACGCUCAUUGCUGUUGCCAUGUGAAACAACCCCAGCCCCUCGGUUUGUUUUGUUGUUGUUGACAGCUAACAGAUUUCAUAUUUGUGUGACGGUGUUUCCUUCCAAACUACUCUUCUCUAUUGAGCUCUUUGUGUUUGGUCACUUCAGUAACCAGCAUGAUGCCGAGGAGCAUGGUCCACUGCUUCACCUCUUCUGAAUAGAGUGGCCAGUCAAAAUGAUCGGUGAACGUUUCUUCAGCUGGGUAAAAGGAGUUGUGCUCUGUCUGAUAAGAGUUGACUUAACUUUCUGACUAGAAGUUCAGCUUCUUUAUGGUGUUUGGAUACUUGGUUCCGUCUACUGGAGUAAGUUUCAUCUUGCUUCCGUACCUUGAAGCGACAGCGCUCUGGAAACACAACUGUUCAGUGACUUGUUAUUAUACACUGGAGAUAAAGACAGGAGAGUCAAUAUUCCCCCUGGGCAAAAGACAGGAGGUGAAACUCUUUCUGUUAACUGUACAAUAGUUAAUCCAGGAAGGAGGCAAAGCCUUAAAUGAUUAUGUGGGUUUACACAGAAAUCUGAGGAUAACAUUUAUCCUUUAGAUAUCUGAGCAAGGUUAAAUUUCUAACGAGAGCACAGCAUAUAGUAGAUCUGUAUAAAUUUCAUUGUGCUCCCAGUGAGUAGGCAACUUUCUUAUAGCACACUCUGCUUUCUUUUUCAUGUGUUUUGAACAGGAAACUGGGCUUAUUUUGUUUCAGGCGGGGGGGGAGGCAUCCAAGAAAAACACCACAUCUUCAGAUUCAUUCUCCAAUAACCAUUGGGAGAAUAAGCUUUCUGCUGUGCUGUUAUGAAGCUGUUGUUGGAGAUGAUAAUCGAACUGGAGUCUGGUGAAGAUUCUCAGUUUUUACAGAAGUGCACUUUAAGAAGAGGAAGAUGAGGGAUUCUGGUUAAAAUUAAAUUCAGUACAUGCCUGUUAAGAUCAAUGCUGCCAAGGAGGUGAUGGUUACUAAAUCUGCCAUAUAUUCACUGUUUUGAUUGCUGCUUUUAAAGAAUAUCCCCACCAAAACCUGAGUUUUGCGCAGGCUGUAGAACAUUUUGAUGGCUUAGCAGUGGUUGUAUUACAUCCUUCAGAGAUUUCUGUUUUCCUGGUAUAUGAGGCCAUCAGUGAAACCUGCUGUGUAGUUUUGACUAUGACAGAAGGAGUGUACAGCUUGUGCUGCAUGGUGUUACUGCCUCUUAAGAGCGGUAUUAAAAUAGUAUUUCUUCAAAAGAAUGGACAGAGGACAAGCAAAUAUCUACAACGAGAAGCUAGAGGUAUUGGCUUACUGCUUUAUAGCCAAAGCUAACUAUGUAGCCGCAUUUAUAGUUGAGAAACAUCACUUCCCUUUCAAUGCGUCCUGGUAGUUGCAGGCCUCAUCUAGUCAUGCCAACCCAAAAUUUGUUUAAGAUGUUGAUGCAAGGUUAGAAUCUUGAACUUAAAAGUUUGCCAGGCUAAGACAUGCAAAUAUUGAAUUCUUUCGAAGAAAAUGCUUGGUUUUGUUUGGCUUGGCUUCUCUUCUGCUCUGUCCUUUGUGGUAUUCAGAUCUGUGUCUGUAAAGUUCUCUAAGCUCAGAUUUGAAACAGUUGGGUUGCAAUGUUUAUAGUUAAAUUUCGUUUGAUCCUAAUAAUUUCUUUCACAUGUAAAAUGGCCUGUAAACUGAGAGAGCCUAGUUCAUUCAAAAUUAAUACACAACAGAUCUACGUAGCAUUAGCUUUAUUUUUCCUUCCAAAUCCAAUUUCUACAAGUUUCUGAUGUAUAUUUUAUUCAGAUCUAAAAAUGAAAUUGCUGUAAAAUCUACUUCCUGAUAUUUCUAAAGGCUUGUGAUAUUUUUCUUGAGGUAGACCACUGGCAAAAAAAAAAUACACCUGCUAACAAGAAUUCCACAUUGCAGUGAAUCUUUCUGCGCUCUUUGUAGGAGAAAAAUUAUACAAAUGUUUAACAGCCUCGCGAAACUAACAUUCUGUUAUUUUAGGAGGUUGUCGAUUUAUAUUUGAGUAAGAGAAAUUAUCUGGAAGAAACUGGAAGUUUAAUAUUUUAAAUACAAUGUUGAUAAAUGCAUUUGAUGAUAAUUUUCUUUUUAAAUUAUGUUUACAUUGUAGUAAUGUUAAGGUGGUUGUACAUAAUAAUCUAACAUGGUGUCCCUGUUUUAUAUUCUUUGUUAGAAACCUGAGCAGACUACUUGGCAUUAUACAUUGAGUUUUCAUUCUUGCUGCUUAGAACAGUGCCUAGUUAAUCUCUUUGUAAAUUAGAUUCUUAUUCUGCAGAGUAACUAAUUCGACCUAAGUCCUUUAAUUAUUCAGGGGGCUUUUAUUGCUUUGUGGUAAUGUUAUUUUGUUAUUCUCAGACUAAAAAAACCCAACAAAACUCUAAGUUAAAAAACCUAGUAGCUUAAAUUUAAAAUAAAAACAUAAAAUGCAUUUUGAUCAACACAUGAAAACUAAGCAAACCGAGCAAUGUCAAGAGUUUUUCUCUUCCUUCUGUGAUAUACAAGAUUUAUGUGGUUCCUAUUAUUAAGUAUGGUAACUCAUUGCUGGGACGUGCAGAAAUGUCACUGGAUAGCAGAUGCAAAGCACAGUUUGAAACUUCUGUUACUGCUCUAUAACACCUUUAAAGUUGUGUUGCAAUUUUUCCCCUUGUAUUGUAUAAUGACAUAUAUGAAACAAAAGAUAAGGAUGUCUCACUCUUAACUUAGACUUCUGUAAACCAAUACUAAGUCAGACUAAUGUGGGGUUUUGAUGUAAUCAGAAGAAAAAGAAAUACUCCAUGCUAAAUGACUGGAAAGGCUUUCUCUUUUGGCUCACCUGCAAAAGUAACUGUUGCCUACUUUUGCGUAUUUAUUUUGCGGAGCUAGUGCAGUUUUGAGUACGCUGACUUGCCUGGCCACUUCAAACUGCUAUGGUGUGGUGUUUCCAUGCCUGUAGCCAUGCGCCUGUGUCAUCUUCGGUGCCACGCUUCACCAGCAUCGGUGGCCACAGCAGGCUGGUGAAGUUAACUCUCCCUCGUUACGAUGGUAGUACAGUUCUGUAAACUCUAGUUCUGCUCAUUGCUGUGGUAUUGCCAAGUAGUGAAUAUAUUGAGCCUUUGAAAGGGUGAAGAAAGGAGAGUUAGCAAAGCAUGGAACUCUGAAAAAUAGAAGGUAAAAGGUACAGCACUGCAGGUUACCUUAGUCCUAAAAAAAAUAGUGUUUAUACUGAGAUUGUGGAGAGAGCAGUGGCUCCUUGCUCUGUCCCAGUCAGCCAAACAUACUGCCAUUACUCCCUUCCAGCUCGUAUUUUCCCGUGUGGUGGGGUGCUAUCCCCAUGCAACUUCCAUAUUAAAACUCCCAGUUCAGUUUCAGUCUGCCCGGGCAGAUCAGGCCUGGGGCGUGAGGAAGGAGCUGGACCUGUUCAUUGCACGGCACAGAGUAUCGCCUGCUGCUGUUUGCAUUUCACCCACCGCUCUGCGCAGGUCUGGUGGGGGUCACUGUAAGUGGAGCCUGUUCUAAGUCAUAGGUUAGAAUUGCACAGUGGAACAGAAGCCAAUAAUAAAAAGCUGAAGAGGGCUAGGUGAUGUUUGUAUCUCAGUGUAUACAAAUGCUUUUGUGGUUUUUUAACUUUUUUAAUUUUUUGCAAAGGCAUCUAUUCUGCCAUGACUCCAGUCUGCUGCAGGGAUACCACAAGAAUCAAAUUUUUACUGGAAUUACUGAGCUUUCCUCUGAAGCUUGCCAGUCCUCAGCUUUCAUUGACAUUCAGUGGUGCUUGACACUGAGCAUCAGGGUUCCUCAUACUUCACUGCAUCCAUCAAAGCCUCCUGUCCUCCUGAGCUGCUCCAUCUUCACCUCCCAGUUCAUGUGCUGGCAAGUAAGAGGUGGGCAAUGUUGUGUGAUUUUUGAGACUAAAUUGCAUUCCACUUUGAAGUCAGAGAAAGAAAUGCCAUUCUUGUUAAUCAUGCAGAACCCAGUUCUACAGUACGAAGAAAGAAGAGGAUCAUCAUUAAGCUGGGUACGGCCAAGAAGUACCAUCCCAGGUACCAACACAAGACUGAAAAUCGAAAGGUUUGCACAGAUUCAGCUGUAGUUCUUUACAGCAUCUGCAGUGCAGUCUUUACUGUUUCUUGGUGCUGGAAUUUAGGGGAAGUUUGCAAGAAUUAAGUCUUGUGUUGGUUUCUUAGCCAUGUGUUUACAGAGGGAAAAUAUUGUCAAGGCCAAAGUAAAACCUGAUAUUGCUCAUUUUAGGUGUGGCCUCAUCCCCUACACUAUCAUCCCCUACACUACUCUGACAGAGGGGCUGGACCCUUUUAAUAGCACUUCCCUGGUUCUGUGCCCUCCCUCACUUGAAAACCUCAGGAAACCUGUGUUGUUUUCCGAAACACUGAAAAAACAGACGUUUGAAAAAAGCAGCACAUAUUUGAUUAAGUUGUAAGUCUUCAACAGUCAAAAUGGGCAGAGGGCACAGAGCAAUUAAAUGGUUUUGGUUUAGCUCUGUUAAAUUAGUGAAUGGAAAUAAGUCAAUUAGUCUUUCUAGAAGUGUUUAAGUGAUCUGUGGCUUGAUUCCCUCUUUAAUUAAAUAUGUAUGGUUUCGUGUGUGUACAUAUAUAUGUACAUACAUGGGUAUUCAUACAGACUUACACUGCACUAGUAGCAGUUAGCACUUGGGUGGCACAUGCUUCCAGGGCUGUAGGCACACAGUCUCCGCAGCAGGCAGGGCGCCCCGGGACUGUCUGCAAACUCGGAGGAGCAAAGCGCUACCCCUCAGUCUCACCGGCGUGCUCACCCCUGUCUGUGGUGGUAGCUUUGCUCACUCUUUUCUUGUGGGGUUUUAAGUAUUUUGUGGAUCAGGAGAUUUUAAAGUUACAUUAAAACCAUAUACAGGAUGGUCCUCUGCAGGUCCUUCUGCAUGUUGUGCUCGGGUUGCUUUUUUGGGGUGGGAGGUUGGCAGGAUUGAUUUACUGGAGUGUCAGUAUUCUGUGAAGGAAACUGGUUUAAUACUUCUAACCCUAACUUUGAUUUCUAUUGGAGCACUUUGAGCAGCUCAUUUUUGAGCAGGAUUAUGAGUGACAUCUGAGGUGACUUACCCGCUCACCACAGGGGAGUGUGGGUCAUCUGCAGAUUGCACGGUCCCUUUUGUUAACCUCUGGUAUGGAAUUUACUUUUUCUACCUGUAAAACUGAUUUUCAAAGCUGUGAUACCUUAGUCACACAUUGAGCCCUCCAAUCCCGCAUUAUAAAAUGAGCUUUCUGUUACUAACCAGCAGUACUGACUGGUACUUUUGCUGUUGGCAUUGAGUCACGAUUUAAAGAUUUCAGAUCUUACUGGAAGGUUUGGCAGUAGUGCCUUGAGCUGCCUGUUUCUUUGGGAAGCUGGGGCUGCGUUAAGAACGAGCCAUAGGGUUUGUGAAACCUGGUCUGCUGAGUUAGGCAGGUUUCUUCUUCCAAAGCGGCGAGAGGUGAGAAGAGCUGGCAGCUCAUGAGGUCGGGUCCAACCCGCAUAACCCGGGAGCCUGAGCCUUCUGCUGGGUUUUCCGAGGGAGUUUUCUCACUGACACCAGUGGAAGUAGGUCCCGGCCCUGGUGCAGAAGCGCCUGAAGGAAAGGGGGAUCCCAGGGCACCAGAUGUAGGGAGUAACGAGCCCAUUUGGAAGUGGGGAGUGCACAGUGAACGUCUUCUGACUCUAUUUUCCCAUACACACGUUAGUGUCUGGACAACUGCUUUUGUAUUUUCCAGUCAUGUUGCAAUGGUAACUCACUGGUCACUGACAAGUGUUAGGCGUACUGCUAGAAGACCAGGCAGCUAAAAGACUAAAAUGCACUGUGCUCACUGUAAAAAUUGGCUUCUUACAUUGUUUCUUUUUAUAUGGUUGAAGAGGUGGUUGCGCUUCAGAUUUUUUUUCCUUUUUCUUUUCAUUUUUUUAAAGAGGUCAAAUGUAUAUGAAGUGCAUGUUAUCCUGAACUUUUUCUUUGUACAUCUUGGUGUCUGAUCAUCUGCAUGAAAGACACAGUAGUGCCAUGUCUGAGCUUGUUCUCUUGUGCUUGGUUGAUAUGACCUUCUCUAGAUUGUUGAGUUUUCCCCAAAAUAACUUUGGUUAAUAUUUAGUUAUUGGGAGACAUCAAAACAAAACAUCAUGGUGGCCCUUUGUUUUCUUAUCGUUUAAAUACAAACAACAAAGCCUUGUGGUUUAAAGUUAAUUUGUUAGUGUAAAUAAAUUCCUUGCCAAUGAGUAUUAUUGUUGUUAGACAACGAAUGCAAUAAAAUGAGAAAUCCUGAAUCUUUA